AAUCAGUACUCAUUACUACUCGACGUCUAAUAGGUCACGACAAAAAAUUUUCUGUGUACAAUUGUUUACCGUAAGAAUGCACAUUCAUACUGACGUACCUAAACUCGAAGUACGGCCAGUCACUUUGUACAUCUUCGGAAUUUGUUUUUGUUAGUGAAUGCAGAAAUUCGGGCACCAAGACUUACAUAACUUAUUACCGCGCCUCAUCAUGGCACGUUCCGGCAGAGAACCGCCCAGCUGGUCAUCUUUUACCGCGAUUUUAUUGCCUUCGCUGGUGUGCUACUAUGUGAGCGCCAUCCUCACCAUUCGACUCUACCCUUUCCUCGGCCGCAUGUUGUACCGAUGUUCCGUGUCUCUUGAUAUGUCGUACACAGAUGGAGGCACCCAGAAUGAGUACUUGAAUUACCGGAAUGAGACCUUGUUUGCAGGCUUGACCUUCUUGGCUAUGCGUGCUACAGCCUGGACCGUUUCUGCGACACCGCCCAAAAGGCUGGACUCCAAGAAACCCAGUGCCAUACAGCUAUGCUUCGCAGGCCGAUACCACGAAUGGAAUUGGUCUUCAGGGCUUCAUGUACCAGUGGAAUGGCGUCCGACUAAUUCAAGGACCAUGUUUGUUCUCGCCACACUGGCCUCCCAACUCAUACAUACUGUCAUUUUCGAUUCCUUGUAUUUUCAUCUUCAGUCCCUCUCACCGAACACGUUCGGUUCCCCGACUGGUGGGACCAUUUUAUCUGCCAACGGUGCCCCGAACCUCCGUUCCACGUAUAUAACCUUCCUCAGCGGUAUGGUCCUUUACAGUGCUAUCCAAUCUGCGCAUGACGCUUGCGCCGUGUUCUGUGUUCUCUUCUUCCAACAUGAUCCCACGCAGUGGCCUCAAUUGUUCGACCACCCAUGGCGUUCGACAUCUUUGAAUCGUUUUUGGGCUAAAGGAUGGCAUCAAGUCUUUCGACAUGAGUUCCUAGUUUUGGGGGGCAGACCACUUUACAAGCUAGGUUUCGGACAUACCGGUGUAGUACUCGGCGUAUUCACCGCCUCUAGUAUACUUCACCUCUUGAGCCACUGGGGUCUCCGUCGUGAUUCCGAGUGGUCGACUGUCGGAGGGUAUUUUAUCAUUCAAGACGUUGGUAUCGUCUUGGAAGGUGUAUGGAAGAAAAUAACCGGGCAUCGGGUUGGAGGUAUUCUAGGCUGGAUAUGGACCGUCACUUGGGUGGUAGGAUGGGGUAAUAUUAUAAUUGACGCAUGGACGAGGGCGGGGCUUAUUGGUAGCGCUUUCUUCCCAAAUGGGAUGAGACCUGUGGAUGUGCUAAGGAAGUUGCUGUAAGGUAUCACUUCUGCUUGGAAAAGCAGAUUAUCUCGGAGGAUCUGGUCUGACUAGUUAGGUAUUGGUGACUUUGUACCUCUAUCU